UCUUUCUCGUCGCAACAUCAGAUUUUUACUUCUACCUGCGGAACUCCAAACAAUACAGGCAUACAUUAAAGCAUAAACGCCUUAUCUAUCUCCGCAGCCAUGGCUGCUGCUGCACUCGGCUGCAAUUUCCACCUCAAACUCCACGAACCCUACAAAUUUGUCAGAAGAAUCCCAACCACCAUCUCCUGCUCUCAGUCUCAGAGCAACAUUAAGGUUGUAAUAAACGGGGCAGCCAAGGAAAUAGGAAGAGCAGCAGUGGUUGCAGUGACCAAGGCAAGGGGAAUGGAAGUAGCCGGCGCAGUCGAUUCUUACUUGGUCGGAGAAGACAUUGGAAAGGUUUGCGACAUGGAAGAGGCUUUGGAAAUUCCCGUAGUGAAUGACCUUACAAUGGUCUUAGGUUCCAUCUCUCAGUCAAAAGCAACCUCUGUCGUUGUGGACUUCACCGAUCCUUCAGCAGUUUAUGAAAAUGUCAAACAGGCAACGGCAUUUGGAGUGAAGAGUGUAGUCCAUGUUCCUCGUAUGAAAAUGGACACUGUUUCUGCAUUGUCGGCAUUCUGUGAAAAAGCAAGCAUGGGGUGCGUCGUGGCGCCAACGCUUUCCAUUGGAUCGAUACUCCUCCAACAAGCUGCGAUAACCGCCUCUUUUCACUACAACAGUGUCGAGAUCAUCGAAUCCCGGCCUCGCCCCGCUGAUUUCCCGUCGCAGGAGGCAGUGCAAAUAGCUAACAACAUCAGCAACCUAGGCCACAUAUACAACAGAGAAGACAUUUCCACAGAUACUCGGGCGAGGGGUCAAGUAGUCGGGGAAGAUGGAGUGAGGGUGCACAGCAUGGUCCUUCCCGGCCUCCCCUCCAGCACAGCAGUCUACUUCUCCCGCCCCGGCGAGGUUUAUACGGUGAAGCACGACAUUACAGACGUGCAAUGUCUCAUGCCGGGGCUCCUCCUCGCCAUCCGAAGAGUUGUCCGUCUCAAGAGCCUGGUGUAUGGCUUGGAAAAGUUCCUGUAAAUAAUGCUUCUUUUUGUUAUUAACAAAGAAAAAAUAUAUAUAUAUAGUAUUUAACUAUUAUGUUUCGAUGAAUAUUUAUUUAUUACAAAUGUUACACUCUCAUUAUUAUUGGUCGUUAUUCUCUUUAA